GUCGCCUCAACCCUUGUUGCGGAAGCACUCGCAAUGCGCAGUGCGAUUUUAAAGGCAGCCGCUCAGCCGGACAUUGCCGAUUUAACGGUGUUCUCGGACUCUCAAGUUCUUGUUACACUUAUCAACGCAAAGGAAAUCACGACAGAGUUAAAAGGGAUUCUUCACGAUAUCACUUUGCUCUGUAACUCCUUUGCAUCUAUCUCUUUUGUUUAUGUUCCAAGGGCAGCUAAUGUUAGAGCUGAUUUCCUUGCUAAGGCAGCCCUUUUGGCUUUGUCAAGUUCCUCCAUUUCUGGAGUAGUCGUCAGAAACAACCGAGCAGCUUUUGAAAUGGACGGUGCCACUUACCAAAGAUUCCCAAAGGUGAAGAUCCGUGAGCUUAAAGAUGACUACGCCAAAUUUGAGCUCCGUGAAACCGACGUUUCAAUGGCCAACGCUCUCCGUCGCGUAAUGAUCUCCGAAGUCCCCACCGUCGCAAUAGAUCUCGUCAACAUCGAGGUUAAUUCCUCUGUUCUCAACGACGAGUUCAUUGCUCAACGACUUGGUCUCAUCCCUCUCACUAGCGAGCGUGCUAUGAGCAUGCGGUUCUGUCAAGAUUGUGAUGCUUGUGAUGGAGAAGGACAAUGCGAGUUUUGCUCUGUUGUGUUUCCUCUUAGUGCUAAGUGUGUUACUGACCAAACCCUAGAUGUUACUAGUAGAGAUCUCUACAGUGCUGAUCCUACUGUUACUCCGGUUGAUUUCACUAUUGACUCGUCGGCUUCUGAUUCAAGCGAGCAAAAGGGAAUUACCAUUGUGAAACUGCGCAGGGGACAAGAGUUGAAGCUUAAGGCGAUAGCGAGGAAAGGAAUUGGGAAAGAUCAUGCAAAAUGGUCUCCUGCAGCUACUGUUACGUAUAUGAAUGAGCCUGACAUAAUUAUCAAUGAAGACAUGAUGAACACUUUGACAGACGAGGAGAAAAUAGACUUGAUUGAGAGCAGUCCUACCAAAGUUUUUGGCAUUGACCCAGUCACCAGACAGGUUGUGGUGGUUGAUCCUGAAGCAUACACUUACGAUGAAGAAGUGAUCAAGAAAGCUGAAGCAAUGGGGAAACCGGGGCUCAUUGAGAUCUAUCCGAAACAUGAUAGUUUUGUAUUCACUGUUGAAUCCACAGGUGCACUGAAGGCUUCACAGCUGGUACUAAAUGCCAUAGACAUCCUGAAGCAGAAGCUUGAUGCAAUCCGUCUCUCGGAUGACACUGUAGAAGCCGAUGAUCAGUUUGGUGAACUCGGUGCCCAUAUGCGUGGAUGAACUCGUGGCUAAUUCGAUAACAACAUGUGAAGAUCAGACUAAUAUAUUAAUUGUAGGGGC